AUGUCCUGGGCAGCAAAGGAGCUGGAAAAUACAAACCCAAAGCGCCGUUCCAAGGCAGGGUGGCAGCAGCGGUGCCAGCAGCGUGAAGCAUGGCGGGGGCCGGGCCGUAACCCCGCCGUGUGUUACAGGGCGAACGUGACGGUCACCGACCUUGAGGAGCUGCAGGAGCUGCUGCUGGUUAAUAUAGAGAACAACAGACAUCUGGUCACAGGGUCAGUCCGAGCCAAGGUACUGAAAUGGGGUGAAGAUGUAGCAGAAUUUCUGCCUCCCCCCGAUUACAUCCUAAUGGCCGAUUGCAUUUACUAUGAGGAGUCAUUAGAACCGCUCCUGAAGACACUGAAAGACCUUACUGGCCCUGAUACGUGCAUCUUAUGCUGUUAUGAACAGAGGACUAUGGGAAAGAAUCCUGAAAUUGAGAGAAAAUACUUUGAGCUACUUCAGAUGGACUUUGAGCUGGAAAAAAUUCCCCUGGAUAAGCACGAUGAGGAGUAUCGCAGCGAAGACAUUCAUAUCGUGACUAUCCACAGGAAGCAAACGUGGGAGCAGAUGCCCUCGAGCCUGCGGCUGAUCGCUGCCGUUGUGCCAUUUCCUGAGCCUCAGCCGAGGAGCUGCCGCAAAACGGCACAGCGGCGCCGUAACUCGCCCACUCGCCACGGGACAUUAUGUAUGGGGGGCUCCCACCCGCAGCCGUGA